CAUUUAAGUUGAAGAUGGGUGGUGGAGAAAGAUACAACAUUCCCAUUCCACAGUCUAGAAAUACCAACAAGAACCAUCAACAACUUAAAAACAGGCAGAAGAACAAAGAUCAGAAUUCUCAGAUGAAAACCUACGUGAAGAAGGAGAGAGGCCACAGCUGCAGCUCCUCUCCUGGUGCAUGGCAGGCCAUGCAGAAAGGGGGGAAGAACAGCAUUCACUUCCCCAAGAAUCCCAAUUGGAAUCCUGCUCUAUUGUUCACCCCUCAGAGCAGCCAGAACUACACUGGGGUAAAGUUCAGUGAGCCACCCUCCCCAAGUGUUCUGCCUAAGCCACCAAGCCACUGGGUACCUGUUUGUUUUAAACUUUCUGAUAAAGAAAUGAUGACAUUUCAGGCCAAAACCUUACUGAAAGUCCAGGCCUGA